UAACAUGCGUGAUGCGGUUUAUGAGAGCUAGGAGGGAGAGAAAGAAGCAUGAAGUGAGGCGAAGGAGAAACCUGGAGGUAGAGAAGGAGCUGAGAAGGUCUAGUGGGCGGGAUAGUUGGGACUUGGGCGGGAUAUUUGGGCGGGAUAGUUUGGACGUAGAUGUGACGGCAUGA